UUUGUGAGUCUAUAAAGGAUUGUAACGAGGCUCGUUAGUGAUUCCGCAAACCUGAAAGUGCCAUGGACGGACGUUUGGAGACGGAUUUGUAUCCUCUGGGAUCCAGCUACGUCACUGACAUUGACGGUGUCCAUGAUAUAACAGUCGGCACAAAGAGAGGAUCUGACGAACUCUUUUCCUCCUGCGUCUCUAACGGUCCGUAUAUCAUGAGCUCAGGCGCAGCGAACGGGAACGACAGUAAAAAGUUUAAAGGCGACGUGAGGAGUCCAGGCGUCCCGUCCCGCGUCGUCCACGUCAGAAAGCUGCCCAGCGACAUCAACGAAGCCGAGGUGAUCUCGUUAGGACUUCCCUUCGGCAAAGUGACCAACCUGCUGAUGCUCAAGGGCAAAAACCAGGCUUUUCUGGAGAUGAACACGGAGGAGUCGGCUCAGACCAUGGUGAACUACUACUCCUCCGUCACGCCCGUCAUCCGAAACCAUCCCGUCUUCAUGCAGUACUCCAACCACAAGGAGCUGAAGACCGACAACUCGCCCAACCAAGUGCGCGCUCAGGCGGCCCUGCAGGCGGUGAACGCGGUUCAGACGGCCAGCGUGCCUCUCAGCGGCGUGGAAGCAGGAGGAUCAGGAAGUCAGAGUCCUGUGCUGCGGGUGAUUGUGGAGAACCUGUUCUACCCCGUCACUCUGGAGGUUCUGCACCAGAUCUUCUCGAAGUUCGGCACGGUGCUGAAGAUCAUCACGUUUACCAAAAACAAUCAGUUCCAGGCUCUGGUUCAGUACUCGGACUCCAUGACGGCUCAGCACGCCAAGCUGUCUCUGGAUGGACAGAACAUCUAUAACGCCUGCUGUACGCUGCGCAUCAGCUUCUCCAAACUCACCAGCCUGAACGUCAAGUACAACAACGACAAGAGCAGAGACUACACCCGGCCCGAUCUGCCCACGGGGGACGGCCCGGCCUCGCUCGAACCGCAGACCAUCGCCACCACCGCCUUCACUCCUGGUUUAAUCUCUGCAGCUCCUUUUGCGAGUGCUCACGGUUUCCCUCCGGCGUUCGCCCUCCAGCAGACUGCAGGUUUGUCUCUUCCCGGCAUUCCCAGUGCGUUGGCGUCUCUCGGCGUUCCGGCGGCCGCCGCGGGUCGUCUCGGGCUGUCCGGACUCAACGCCGCGACACACGCCGUCCUGCUCGUCAGUAACCUCAACCCCGAGAGCGUUACGCCCCAAUGCCUCUUUAUUCUUUUCGGUGUGUACGGCGACGUGAUGAGGGUGAAGAUCCUCUUCAAUAAGAAGGAGAACGCUCUGGUGCAGAUGGCAGACGCAACACAAGCGCAGCUCGCGAUGAGUUACCUGAAUGGUCAGAAGCUGCAUGGGAAGCCUCUGCGUGUGACUCUGUCCAAACACACCACAGUGCAGCUUCCCCGAGAGGGACACGAGGACCAGGGGCUCACUAAAGACUUCUCCACCUCUCCGCUACACCGCUUCAAGAAGCCCGGCUCCAAGAACUACUCCAACAUCUUCCCUCCGUCCUCCACCCUCCACCUGUCCAACAUCCCCCCCUCUGUUGGUGAAGAUGAUCUUAAAGGUCUGUUCAGAAGUUCAGGAGCCACGGUGAAAGCCUUCAAGUUUUUCCAGAAGGACCACAAGAUGGCGCUGAUUCAGCUGGGCUCAGUGGAGGAGGCCAUCGAGUCUCUGAUCGAGUUCCACAAUCACGAUCUGGGCGAGAACCAUCACCUCCGCGUCUCCUUCUCCAAAUCCACCAUCUGAGACUCACACAGGGCCACACACACACACACACACACACACACACACACACACACACACACACACACACACACACACUCUUCAUCAUUCCUUUUCUUAUGAUCCACACACAGACCAGAAGAAACCCAAUAUUUUAAUUUGGGUUUAAUUUGUUAUUUCCUCGCACAGUUUCUUAAACUUUUUGGUGCAAAAAAUUAUUUGUAGUGUAAUCAUCAUUGUUUAUCCGUAUAUCUCUCUCUCUAUAUAUAUAUAUCUAUUAUAUCUAUAUCUACGCUGAUUGUUUUUCUAUGGGGAUUCUGGGAAAUGGUGUUUUUUUCCGCAAUCAUAGAUGCUGCCUGGUUCACACUCAGUGCCUAUAAUCACACACACACACACACACACACACACACGGCCGCUGUAAGUUUUGAAAACGACCCGUUCUUCUCGUUUCUGCCAUUCAAAAACAAACGCAGUGCCUUAUAUGGUCACUUCCUGUUCGACCGUAAUUCUGUUUCUGAUAAAGCACUCGAGGUUUUUAUUUUCAUUCCUGCUCAAUUUGAGUAUAGCCUUUUUUUUUUUCUUUUUUUUUGGUUUAUAAAACAGCAGAUUUGAAUCUAAAUGAGGUUUAUUUGCAUAUCAGACACCCAGAGCAGUAAUUUAUUCCUCUUCUCAUUUCCAUAUUUCUCAGAUACUUUACUAUAAAACACGUUCUUAUAUCUCGAAGUUGUGUAGAAUGUAGCGGACGAUGAAUCAUUCAGAUCGUGGAGGAUAUGGAGAUUUUCUAUUUAGAGGUGUUUUUUUGUGUUUAGUUAAAAAAAAAAAAAAAAAAAGACAUGUUUGGUUAUAAAGCAGGUUCAUUUGCAUAUUCAUAACAUUUAUUCCUGUUUUAUGGUAUAAAGAAUUUUAUAUUCCAAAAAACUACAAAGCUACAGAUUCCUCUUCUGGGGAAAAUCUGAGUAAUGAUUCAUCACUUCAGGGCUUUUUGAUAGUUUUGAUAGUAAAAUCUUUUUUCGUUGUAUAUUAAUUAUUCAGAUUAGUCUAUAGGACACGCCCCCUUGUUAGAAUAUAUUUGCAUAUUAGAGCCAUUUUAGGGCUUUUUGAUGAUUUCUUUUCUUCCUCAGAUUAUUUUUUUUUGUGGUAAAAGGAUCUUUACGUGACAGAUUUAGGGGUUGAGAGGAAUUUGAAUCCUCUUAUGAAUAAAUUUGAAUAAGAUUUUUCUUCUGGAGCGAUUUAUGUGUAUAAACGAAGAGAUUUGUAUCUUUAAAAAAAAAAAAAAAAAUUCAGGUUAAAGUGCCUCAAAGUCAGCCAAGUGAUUUAUUAUUAAUUAAUUAAUUAUCAUAUGAUUUAAUUAUAUAUUAGAGCUUCAGACGGUUGUUCGCAGGAUUUUCGUAAAUGAAAGGACAUUCAGCUUUAAUCGCGGUUCAUUUGCAUAUUAAUCCCAGGCACGUUUUUUUUCUUCAGAUUCUUUACAGAUUAUUGAUUUAUUUUGUAAAGAAUUUUAUCGUUGAUUCGUCACUAAACAGCCGCUCAGUUUUCGCUGGGGUUUACACGAUCAGUUUAAACUUUACUCCUUUUUUUAUAUUUUAAUUUAAACAAGCUCAUUUGCAUAUCACGCCUUGCCUUGUGAUUUUCUUUUCGUCUUUUGGUCUUUAUUUUGUAAAUCCUCAGAUAAAUGUUGAGAUCAUAUGAAAUAAUCUGAGAUUUGUUUCUUACACUCUUCUUAUCGAGCGUCGUUUGUUUUUUUUGUUUGUUUGUUUAUCCCCCGUUAAUUUGCAUAUUAAUCCUGUGUUCUAGCGGAUCAGGACGAAUCACGAUCGCUCGUAUGAUCAGUAGGAAUUAUUAUUUUGGUUUAUAAAAAUGUCAGAUUUUGGAUAUUAAGGUUAAAUAUUUGUGUUUCUAGUCUAAUGAUUGGGAUUGUUAUUGAAUAAUUAUUUUUUUAUUUGUAUAUUCUAGCUUUAGAUGGCUGAGUUUAGCCCCGCCCCUUUUAGUUCAUCUUGCUGUUGAUCUGUAUGUUGUUGCGAUAUCGUUACACUUUUCUUCACGAUUCUUGUACACACACACACGUGCACGUGUUAACAUGGAUCACUGUGCCUUCACUCACUCAGUUUAGUGAUUUAUUUCAGCACUAAAAAUUCAUUUUAAUUUGCGUAAACCGAAUCCAAACAUGGCGUCUCCGCUGCGUUUACACUUUACUCCCUCAGACACCGAAUCUACUUCCUGUUCAAACCUCUCAAUGUCUUAAAAAAUUACAAAAUUGGUUUCUGGGCACUUUAUAAUGUUUAUAAAUGUCAAUUUUAUAAAAUUUUCUUUUGCGUUCCUGUAUAUAAAUAAAACAUUCACAGUUAGCUUCUUCAGGUUUUUGUGCCAGAGCGACACGGCUAACGUAGCUAAUGAGUAACGGUAGAUUAUAGCCACCAGUUUAGCGUAAAAGGUUUCGUAAAAUCCUAAUUUACAACAUUUAUAAAAUAAAAUCAUUUGUAAACGAAGAGGUUCCACCAUCAAGCCUUAAGCCACGCCCCCUACCUGAGUCUGGUACAGGUGCUAAACUGGAGGCUGUGAGCGGCUCUUACUCGUUAGCAUUAGCUUCCCGGCUGAUAGAAAGCGUUCGGCGUAAAGACGGUGCUGCUGUGCACGUUUUAUUUUCAGGUAAAUCUCAUGGUUUAUUACUCUCACAUUCCUUUUCCCCACAUUUUGCUCGGAUGCCUUUAAUCGCUAAACACAAAGACCAAAACAUUUGUAGUCUUAAGAGAGCGUGGAGUUUAAGACCUCGUCCCGAACGCUAGCGUUUGAUAAAAGUGUUCUUACUGGAAUUCGCGCUAACGGUUGUCACGGAAACUUAAAUAACCUGAUUUAAAUUAACAUUACAUGUAUUUCAUUACACACCUCAACUCACCACUCGCAGUGCAUUAUGGGUAAUGGCUGAUGUUCCAGGAAGGACACGAAUACAGUCAUUAAUUCUAGCGUUCGGAAUAUAAAAGGACUUUUUUCUUUUCUUUUCUCCCCAGUUCUUUGUUUUUCUUUUCCCCGUUCCUGAGUGAUGAUGGAAAUGAAAAUCACGUCUUUAUGUAUAUUUUGAUAAAGUCGACAUUGUAGAGCAUUUAUGUUUUGUAUUACACAGAAUAUUAAAGAUGUUCCAUCACAGCGUGUGUACGUUCAUGGAAACACAGCCAUGCUUUCCUUCUUUUUAUUAUUUCUUCAUUCUUUCAAUAAAUCCUUCAUUCCUUUG